AUGACUGGUGGUGGUAGUCUAAGGGAAGUAUUGCAUAAAAUUCAUGAACUUAUUGCAUUAUUAAAUCAAGGAGGUUUUAAGCUGCAAAAAUGGGCAAGCAACCACCACGAAGCCUUGCAACACAUACCCUCUGAACACCAAAUUAAAGAAAUAUCAUUCAAAGAAGAUAUAGACUCUACAAUAAAAAUAUUGGGCAUCAAUUGGAACACAACGAAUGACACAUUUACAUUUAGGGCAGAACCAAUGAAAACUAUCUCUUAUCUAACAAAAAGGGAACUAUUAUCCGAAAUUGCAAGAAACUUUGAUCCUUGUGGUUGGUUGGCGCCCUUAUUAGUUGUUGCAAAAUUGAUAAUGCAGCAAUUGUGGCAAGAGCGCAUAGCGUGGAAAGACCACAACCCCCAACAUUUAUUUAACGCCUGGAAAAUACAUAGAACGUCAUUUAAAUUUUUAAACACAUUUGGAAUACCACGGCACAUAAUGAAUUCAUAG